GAACACGACAAACAGCAGUCGUGAAGCGAUUCGCUCUAGGUGCAAGGCGGCGUGUAAUAUGCGUUAACAUUGCAGUGCCGACGGCAACUUCGAGCGCCGACGGCAACUACGAGGUGACGCUGAUGACGAAGGCCACUGUCUACUACAACGGCAUGGUGGUGUGGCAGCCGCCUGCCGUCUAUAAGUCCUCGUGCUCGAUCGACGUCGAGUUCUUUCCUUACGACGUCCAAACCUGUGUGCUUAAGUUAGGCAGCUGGACGUAUGACGGCUUCAAGGUGACGCCCCGCUGUACGCUGCUUGGCGGCGCGCGGGCCGUAGCGUAGGGCCCGCCGCCCUGGCCGAUGUCCAUGCAAUAGCUUGUUGGCUCGAACGUAAAUCGUCGUGUAAUUAUUAUAUUACUUUCUGUCCAUGUGGUAUGUUCUCACUUUUACAUAUUGACUGUACGACGGUGCUAGCGCAGAGGCGGAGAGCGCGCGUCCCGUGCCGCCGCCCGCUCCUCGCCCGCUGCUCCUUUAGCUCUGACAUGUUGCAAGUUUACAUUUCUAUUGGUGAUGUUUAUGUGGAGUAGCGGUAUGUCGACGUGCGUGACCACGAAUGCUCCAGAAUAUCCUCGGUCGAUUCCACUUAGCUCAAUCGGCCUUCCUCGCUCGACAAGGAAAGGUAUAAAAUUUUAACUGCCAGGUGAUAUGGGAUGCAAACUUCACUCAAUCCGUUCCCAUCCGACACCUCCCGCUCCGUUUGAUCUUUCCGCGCCCGGCAAAUAAUAUGAAACAGCACUAACUCUCAAUAUCAGACGAUUGCCGUUUAAAGUAAUGAUCAGUGUUCCUAGAACCGCGUCAAGGGGCGGAACGGCGUCAAUCGGGGCUUUCACACCUUCCCUUAGCUGGCUCCGCUCGCGCCACACACUAACACAAAUACACUUCCACAUAUAAGCUUGUUGCAUGUUUCCUUUACGGUCGAUGUACACUCAACCCACCGCAUGACUCUGGCUUGACUCCGAACCACUUGCAUUCCCGAUCACGGCGGCCGCUCGCCGCAAAAUGCGGCCGGGGCUUUUACACAGCUUCACACGAUACCUGACACGCGAACAAGUAAAGCACAGCACGUGAAAUGAUCAGAGAUAAAGCUCACACUUGUGGCUCUUCACGUUCGAGCAUUACUAUCUUCAUAAAGCAUAUUUUAUACCUUUCCCUUUCAUAAAGAAUUCGGUGUCGCUGGUCGUUCAUUGCAUGUUUAUCAUUACAAAUAAAAAGACGCAAUUCUACUCAAAAUUAGACACGGAGUCCAAAAAUACAAGACAUGCUAGAUGUGAAGUAGUAAAAGCGCGUCACCAGUCGAAUCAAGACGAUGAUAAUUCUCGUUUCGGCUGAUGAUGCGUUGUGUGCAUGCUAUUACAACACUUGAGCAAAACUUGUACCUGAUUCCAAAACUACUUAUUGUUUCUCUAUAAUCUGCUUAACGAUUGCGAGUAGUUGUGCAUCGAAGCGUGUUGGGAUCAGGCGCUCGUUGGGGCCGCGCGCGACACACACACGCGGCGGAGCCGGCGCCUCCGCCCUCCUCUUCAAGUGCUUGACUGCUUGCCCCCGGCGUGCCUCGAAGUCUACGCUGUAGGCGAGAGGUACGUCACCUCGCAUAGCAGUCAAGAAACUUGAACUCGGAGACCUCUUUCCUCGAUUCUCGCGGAAAUUCCACGACCUUUCAUUACUUCUCGGUGUUUUCUGUGUUUACGCGUUGUGAUUUUAUGGCAUGAUCCGGGAUAUUGUUGUUGUCUCCCUUGAUGAUUUAUUGUUGCGGUUGAUCGGUUUUUUGUCCCAGAUUAAAAACUCUUUCAAACCAGGUACAUCUACUUGGCACACUCUGUGGUAUGGUUUAGUGGCAUCCGCUCCGAAGGACACCUUUACUGUUUCAUGAAUUGCUCGAAAGUUAGUCAUCUAGCUGCAUUAUUGUUUAAAGUGAGUCUGUUUUGGGUGAUAAUUCAAUGGCAUUGUACUUAGAAUAAACUAAUUUAUCGACUUCACAUUGUGUGACAGGGUGCAUGUAUCGGAUAAAACGGUAACUAAAUAAGAUUCUGAUUAAACCUUAAAUUGCCUUGAUGAUUAAACUUAAUAAUCAUAAAUAAUAUCAACUAAUACGCUAAAGCAAAAAUGGGUGAUUGGAAUUACGAG